AUGGCCGAUCCGAAAGAAUCCCAAGGCACGCCUAACACUGGCUCCGAUUUCCUUCCCAGCGACUCCCUGACUGCGCGGUUCAAGAACUUCUAUCGAAUGGCCACUGGCAAAAUGUCCCCGGAAGGACAGAAAUUAUACUGGGAGGAUGCCGACCACCGCUACAGCGAGAUUGACUGCAAACGCUGCGAGAAGCAACGAGACUAUCUGCUUAAAUUUUCGCCAGCAGUAAGGUACAUGAACGAGAACAUCAAAAAGCUGGGCGGGGAUCUUGGACCACAUAACAUCCGGUGCCGGACUUGCAAGACCGGUCAGCUGGGAGGAUUCGAUCACAAGUAUGGCAUCAUGAUAUGCGCGAACUGGGUAGAGAAACAGAGCAUAUUGGAAGACGUUUUGACUCAUGAGAUGGUCCAUGCCUACGACCAUCUACGGUUCAAAACGAAUCUAAGCCCAGAGGACGACUUGCGACAUGCUGCAUGCUCAGAGAUUAGAGCAAGCAAUCUCAGCGGAGAAUGUCGAUGGUCCAACGAGUUCUUCCGAAAUCGAGUCCUUUCCUUCACCAACCACCACCAGGAUUGUGUUCGACGAAGAGCUAUCCUGUCGGUUAGGUCGAGACCAAACUGCAAAGACGAUGUCCAUGCGGCCAAGGUUGUCAACGAGGUGUGGGACAGUUGUUUCAGAGAUACAAGACCUUUCGAUGAGAUAUAUCGGUGA